AUGACUUGGGAGACGAUAGCCGCCCAGAAGCGUGACCUACUCAAAGCUUCCAUUCCGGCCGAGUGGGUGAUUCCUCAGAGUAUCAUGCCGCCCGAAAGCCAGGAGGAUGUCACCGAUUUUCCAAAGACGUCAGGCUGGUUCACCGAGCGUGAGUUGGAGAUUACUUCGACACCGGCAUCGUUGCUUCUCAAAAACAUGGCGACUGGAUCAUGGACUUCGGAAAGCGUAACCCGUGCGUUUUGCAAAGCCGCUGCGACGGCUCACCAGUUGACUAACUGUCUGUCCGACAUGUUCUUUGACAAGGCGAUAGCUCGGGCACGUGAGCUUGACGCUUAUUGGAACACGACAGGUAGGGCAAAGGGGCCCUUGCAUGGCCUCCCCAUUUCUCUUAAAGACAGUAUCAACUUUAUCGGACAUGAUUCCACCAUUGGAUUCGCUUCACUGGUCAAUAGCCCGGCCACUUACAACAGUACUUUGGUCGACAUCUUGCUCAAUGCUGGCGCAGUGCUUUAUGUAAAGACCAAUGUCCCUACCGCAUUGAUGUUCGCCGAGUCCGUCAAUAACGUCUUUGGUCGCACGGUUAAUCCACGAAAUCGUAGAAUGACCCCCGGUGGCUCUUCCGGGGGUGAAUCCGCAUUGAUUGCUUUGGGAGGGAGCCGGUUGGGCGUGGGGACAGACAUUGGGGGGUCACUUCGAAUUCCUGCCGCUUGCACUGGCAUAUUUGCUUUGCGGCCUUCCUUUGGCCGAUUUCCCACCGCCAAGUCCCGUCCGGGUCUCGCCGGCCAGGAAGCUGUGUGCGCUGUGAACGGUCCCAUGGCAUUGACCCUAGAAGAGGUUGCGCUAUGGGCCAAGAUCAUCGUGGAUCAGCAGCCUUGGCUUCAUGAUCCUAAAUGUCUACCCAUUCCCUGGCGGUCAUUGAGCCUGAACCCUACUGUCAAGAUUGCAGUCCUCUGGCACGAUGGGCACGUCACCCCAACACCCCCAGUCGCUCGUGCAUUGGAGCAAGCUGUCGCGAAGCUGAAGCAAGCCGGCCAUGCACUCGUUGACUGGGAUCCCAAGUGGCAUCGGAGUUUACUGUCCCUCCAUUCUCGCAUGCUCGCCGCAGAUGGCGGGAGAUCGGUCACAAACUUGCUUGCACCCACGGGAGAGCCUCUUCGAAAGGAGCUGGAGGAAAUUUAUGCCCAGGGAGUGGAACUCGGUGCCUAUGACAUGUGGCAACUUCAAUUAAAGCGCAAUAUCAUCAGUGGCGAGUACCUCAGCCAGUGGAACGACAGCAACAUCGAUGCUAUUCUAUGCCCCACAACACCUUACAGUACCGUCGAGAAUGGAAAAUUUGCAUACCUUGGAUAUACAAGUGUUUGGAAUGUCCUAGACUACCCUGCUGUCUCAUUUCCUUGUGGGGUUAACGCCGACAAGGCCAUUGAUACAGUGUAUGCUGCAAAAGAACCACUAAGUCAAAUUGACGCUCAGGUUCAUAAUGCGGACGGUGUCCAUGGGAUGCCAGUCAGUCUACAACUUGUUGGGCGUCGGCUGGAGGAUGAAAAGACUUUGAUGAUGACUGAGGUGGUCCUGAAAGCAUUACGACAUAUGCCCAAAUUCGUGAAGAACCCAGGCACCGCUCGUCUCCUUGUGGAUACCACGGUUCACCGAGUAAGGUAA